GGAGGAUGGACGCGUCGCAGGACGCGCAGAAGGGAAGACGCGGGCGGAAUAGAAGGGCGGGGACGGAGCAGCCGGGGAUGAAGAAAUGAAGAAUGGGCGAAGAAGGACUUGGAACGGGAUCGAUGGAGCGAGUGCCGGUUGCUGUUACCCGGCCUCCGUUCUUAAAUCGCGUCGACACUCGCGUCGAGGUUGUUCGGGCCAGCGUCGUACUGCUUCGUCCGCCACGCGCCAGCAUGGCCGUCGCCCCGUCCGCCGUCCUCGACCCCGACUCGCAGCGUAUUUCUGCGCAUGCCCGUCCGCCCGCUCUGCACCUCGCCCUCCCGCUCAAAGCACCGUCCCCGAGCAGCUCCUCCGCCACCAGCGCCAUGCUCUCCCCCGCCAGCUCCAUGCUCUCACCCGCCAGCUCCAUGCUCUCCCCCGCCAGCCCCUCCUCCGCGUCCACCAGCGCCUCCCCAUCCAGCAGCAGCAAAGAAAAGUCGCCCUCGUUCCCCUUCCUCCGCUCCCUCUCCGUCCAUUCCGCAUCGUCGUCUGCGAGCUCCUCGCGCCUGACUGUCCCGAGCAAAGACAAAGCCACGGCCAAGCCCCGCCGCACCCUCUUCCCCUUCCACCUCAGCCUCCCGCGUCUCUCCCCCAAGUCCUCGCCCGCCGCCGCCUCCCCCCUGCCGUCCCCCUCGUCGCUGAGCGACAACCCGCCCGCCUCGCGCCCGCGUUCCCAGUCCAACGCUCCCCCCUCUCCCCGUCCGCGCCCCGUCCGCACAACCAACCCGAACAACCCCUUCCCGCGCUACCACACCCGCCCCUCGCCCUCGCCAUCGCGCCACCGCCCGCCCGCCCCCGUCGCCACCUUCACGCGCGAGCAGCUCGACGCGCUCGUCGGCGCGUCCUCGCCCUCCGCAUCCCCCGCGGGCCGUCGCCGCCGCCGCCGGGACCGCGACCGCGACCGCGAGCUCGAGUUCACGUACUACUGCCGCGCGCUGCCGUACGACGCGGGCUACGCGCCGGGCGUGUACGUCGAGUACGAGGGGAAGCCGACCGGCGCGGGGCGCAGGUCCAGCGAGAGCGACGAGUCGGAGGAGGAGGAGGGGGAUGGGCUGCCGGGGUACGACGCGCAUUCGUCCUCGUCGUCGACGAUUAUGCAUGCCGGCCAGGAGCGGCGCGGGCGCUGGGAGGUUGCCAGCGUUUUGGCGCUGAAUUUGGUGGGGACCUUGGAGGGUCGGGGGAGGCCGCGGUAGUGUGAGUCGUCCUCGAUCUUGGGUGCGCCUCGGUCUGCGGUGCUCACGACGCAGUUCAAGAUAUAUGGUCCUCGUCCGAUUCCCGGCACUCUCGUCCACACUGGACUGUGCAUACGCACGCGCAGAGCCUCAGCUCCUGUCGAACCCUGCAUGUUCGCGAUUCUGGUAACUUAUUGCAUACACCCUUCAACACCUUCUCCACCAGCAUAAUUUCCAGCCUCAUUCUUUAGAUUCAUGUCAUCGCAUCGCACUCGCAUCACAUUUUUUCCUUUUCCUCCGAAUCGUCGUGUUCAUGUCCCUCCCUUCCUCGUGUUGUGUAUAGACCCGCUGUAUUCAUUAUUAGAUUGACGACAUCAUGGGUGUGCGGGUUCUCUAAAUAUGUGUAUAGGUGCGGGUGCAGUUUAUUGUAGUAAUUGUACAUGAGAAUGGCCGUG